CAUGGAUCAAUUGAUAUGGAAUCGGAUCAAGUAUAUGACGACAAAAACUUAAAUAAUUCACUCAAAUUAUCAGAUAUUAAUGAUUCGCAGAAUGAUGGCACUUUGGUUACAAAAGUAGUUGAUGGAAGUACACAUAUUAUUGCAGGAACACUUGAAAAAUUGCUAUCAAUGUUGGUUGACGAAAAUGAACAAGGUGCUCUUUAUUAA